ACCAAGACCACCGAACGCCCCUCUAUUCGCAACCUCCACCUUCUCCCGCGACUACGGUGACAUAUCCCCGGCUGAACGUCAUCCUCCACCACCUUCCUACACACACGAUCAUCCUACAUACCACGAUCCGAUAAACGAAGACCGCAAAGAAUGUCGCGCAAAGGCGUCGGCCUCGCGGCCUUCGACCGCUCCCGCAUCACCUCGGCGCAAUACGCAUCCCACGGCUCUAACCUCCGCACCACCAACUCCCAAGCCCUCGAGACCCAGCUCUCCGUCUUUCGCUCCCUACUCCAACAGUUCGCGCAGACCCAUGCAAAAGAUAUCCGAUCCAAUCCGUCCUUCCGCGCCCAGUUCGCCCGCAUGUGCUCCGCCAUCGGCGUCGACCCGCUCGCGUCCUCUUCAUCGUCCUCGGGCGGGGGUGGGUCGUCGUCGAUAUGGGCGCAGCUGCUCGGCCGUUCAGUCAACGACUUCUACUUCGAGCUGGCGGUGCGCGUGGUGGAGGUGUGCAGCGCGACGCGCGACGAGAACGGCGGCUUGAUUGGCGUCCGCGAGGUUCGGGAGCGCAUCAUGAAGGGACGUAUGGAGGGCGCGAGCGAGGUGACGGAGGACGACGUGCUUAGAGCUGUCGGUACUUUGAAGCCGUUGGGUAGCUCGCAUAGCGUCAUCAAGGUCGGAAGCAAGUCGUACAUCCGGAGUGUACCCAAGGAGCUCAACACAGACCAGAGCGCGGUGUUGGAGGCCGUGCAAGUGCUGGGAUACGUGAGCAUCUCGAUGCUGAUGGUUAAUCUUCGAUGGCCGAGGGCACGAGCCCAGACUGCCUUGGAGGAUCUUCUUGGCGAGGGUAUGUUGUGGGUGGACAAGCAGUGUCCCGAAUGGGAGUACUGGAGUCCUGGCUUCAUGGUCGACACCGGCGAGGCGACGGCAGGGGAGUGAUGAAGGCGAUCACUCGGUAAAGGACCACAUACACCUACAGAAAAACGAUUUACUCCCAGUAUGAGCAACACAGGCGGUGCCCACUACCUAUGGAGGUAGAAAGGACCAAGAAAAAAAAAGAGUUCACCACCGGUGUGGCUACAUCUCUUGGUGCUCAUGCUGGGAUUCGAACUCGGGUACUCGCUAAGCCUGUCGUCGAGUAGGCUGGUUGGCGUAUAAUUGAAAGUUGACCUUAAACCACUCCACCACCCAGCCAGUUUGACCUGACCCGUCGACCUAGACGGGCGCCUCCUGGCUGGUGACAGGAACGGAAUUGGCGGGACCUAUGAGGGCUUCUGUUGUGGCAUCGAGGUAUCAGAUGAAAGGGUACCUCAGGUUGAUCCCAAGCAAGUAUACGUCUCGAAUACGCAAGUCAGUCAUGGGCGAUUAUAUUCAGAGACCCUUACAAAGUAAGAAAAUCCAUCACUAGAACGUGCGGUAUAGGGUCAACUCGUAUCAUGCAGCAUAUAGAUAGACCUGGGAAGAUGGGCC